AUGGCCGCGGCUUCUCCCGAGGGGAGUAGCCUCUAUGAUCAGAUUAGACGUGCAGACCCAGAAGAUGUCAAGAAGCGGCAGCAAGCCAUCAACGAACGAAUUCAUGCGACCUUCCAGCAGAGUCAGAAGCGGUUGGCAAGCCUGAUAGACGAGAACUCGACCCUCCCUACGACAGUCUCUUCAGUCACUGUACUUGGCGCACCUAACACGCGGCACUCGUUCCUCAAGGGCAUAGUCGAUCCUCUGCUGACCGCGAACCGAGAUCGACCUUACACCCAGUCAGAACUUGUACAAGAAGCUUCGAAAGCUGCCUCCAAGCUCAGCAAAUUUGACAUCUUCCACCCUCCCAUAUCUGUCUAUAUUGACAAAGCUGAGAAAAGUGAUCCGAAUACCACACCAACCGAUGUCGCUAUUUACUAUUCAGUGAAGGAAAAGAGCAAAGUUUUUGCAAAGACCGGUACAGAUGUGGGCAACGCCGAAGGAUCUGCUUAUGCGAAUGUGCAAUGGCGGAAUCUGUUUGGUGGUGCUGAAGCUCUUGACCUAAACGCAUCGCUUGGUACAAGGACAAGAUCCUCAUAUCAAGGUAGCCUGGAUACACCAGUUAACGGUAACCCAAAUUUGAAGUUUCAGGUUGGGGGUGUUCAGAGCACAGUUCAGAAGGUCUUUGCCAGCCACGAAGAGAUGCAACGAGGAGGGUGGGGCAAGCUCAGGUAUCUAAGUCCAUCAGGUUCUCUGCACGAGUUUGGCUACAAUGGUUAUUGGAGGCAACUCACAGGCUUAGCACAAAAUGCUUCACCUACCGUGCGUAACGAUGCUGGUGACACUUUCAAGAGCAGUCUGAGCCAUACUUGGAUCAAUGAUCGAAGAGACAACCCUAUCUUACCGACAUCCGGCUACUACACAAAAACAAACAACGAGAUUGCGGGUCUUGGUCCGUUGGCAGGAGAUGUAGCCUUUCUCAAAUCAGAAAUAGAAACACAACAAGCUCUAUCAAUUCCAAUACCUGGUGUCAAGGGUCACAGUGGGGUGAGCUUGACCACAGGGUUUCGAGCAGGCAUGCUUUACCCAUUGACCUUGAACGGAGCCAGCAAUCCUUCAAUGUCUAGAAUAAACGACCGAUUUCAGCUUGGUGGCCCAACCGACGUUCGAGGAUUCAGGUUAUCAGGACUGGGACCUCGAGACGGACUUGAUGCUGUUGGUGGAGAUGUGUAUGCCGCGGCCAGCGCCAACUUGCUCCUGCCGAUACCCAAGGUGGGAAUCGAUAAGCCUCUGCGCUUACAAGCUUUCGUCAAUGGUGGUAGACUACUAGCGCUGCGAUCGAAAGAGAAAGAAGGAGCCAUGUCCAGUGAAGAAGUGCAGCAGACUAUGAAGGCCACUUUCAGUGAGCUGGGUAAUGGACUGCCAAGCAUGUCUGCUGGCGUUGGACUCGUAUAUGCUCAUCCUGCUGCGAGGUUUGAGCUGAACUUUUCUCUGCCGUUAGUACUGAGGAAAGGAGAAGAAGGUCGCAAGGGAUUGCAAUUCGGUAUCGGUAUAAACUUCUUGUAG